AAACUGAUUUGUUAUAACAUGCUGAUUUGAAAUAACGAUAUUUGAUUCUACCAUGGACGUAUUUCUCUGCACUGUUUUACUGGCUUUACUGCAAGCCAAUCUAGGCGUUCAUUCAUUUUCUGUUAUGCAGAAUGCUGAAACUACGCCUCCAGCAGUUGAUACACAAAGUCCUAAUCCACCUGAUGACUCACAGGAUAAUAAAAAUGUACAGACGGAAGUAGCGGAAGUGCCGAUGGCUACCGGAAACACAGAAAAAACAACUACCAGUCCAGAUGAAGUGACGGAAAGAGUUGAGGAGAAAAAGAUGCCUAUGCUUGGUGAGGACGAAGACACUAUACCACCUGGAUUCAGACCGAAAAGUGAAAAUGAAACUUCAACAGAAGGAGAAAACAAACAAGAGCACAAAGGUAAAUUAGUUGAUGUAGCAGUGCAAACAUCCCCGGAAAUUUACAAACCGAAAACUCUAGAUCAUAUAACACUGUCGUUUUAUAAAACAGUAGUCAAAAUUAUGGAACGACUAUCAGUAGCCUUCGAGAAAAUAUCCAACGAUGUAGAGAAAUUCAAGGAAAAACUCAAACCGAAUAGAAGCUGAGAAUAUGCUGCAGUGAAUUGAAGUUUCUUUAACAUGUAACUUUGUGAUUAAAUCCAGUAUGUUUGCUCAUGUAUUGUGAAACUAAG